AUGAAGAUCAUCCUUGCAUUUCUUCUAACUAUUUUGUUGGCAGAAUGUGUAUUUGCUGUACAAAACCGAAAAACUAAAGCUGAUAACCCACCCAUCGGAUUCUCACAACCUGGAUUACCACAACCUAACCCUGGAUCUGGAUUACCCAUCGGAUUACCACAAAACCCUGGAUUUAAUUUCCCAAACCCUGGACCACCAAAUGGUGGCGGUGGUCCUGGAUUACCUAUCGGAUUACCACAACCUGGCCCUGGAUUUAAUUUCCCAAUCCCUGGACCACCGAACGGUGGCGAUAAUGGUCCUGGAUUACCUAUCGGAUUACCACAACCUGGCCCUGGAUUUAAUUUCCCUAACCCUGGACCACCAAAUGGUGGCGGUGAUCCUGGAUUACCUAUCGGAUUACCACAACCUGGCCCUGGAUUUAAUUUCCCAAACCCUGGACCACCAAAUGGUGGCGAUAAUGGUCCUGGAUUACCUAUCGGUUUACCACAACCUGGCCCUGGAUUUAAUUUCCCAAACCCUGGGCCACCAAACGAUGGUGGUCCCGGAUUUAAUUUUCCAAUCCCAUUUCCUGGUACACCAAGUAGCGGUGAUAGCCCUCCUAGCGCUCCUUCUCUCCCAAAGCUCCCUCCACUCCCCCCAUUCCCUGGUACACCAAGCAGCGGUGGUAGCCCUCCUAGCGCUCCUUCUCUCCCAAAGCUCCCUCCACUCCCCUCACUACCCCCAUUUCCUAGCCCCGGAUUUAAACUCCCUCCACUCCCCCCAUUCCCUGGUACACCAAGCAGCGGUGGUAGCCCUCCUAGCGCUCCUUCUCUCCCAAAGCUCCCUCCACUCCCCCCAUUCCCUGGUACACCAAGCAGCGGUGGUAGCCCUCCUAGCGGUGGUAGCCCUCCUAGCGCUCCUUCUCUCCCAAAGCUCCCUCCACUCCCCCCAUUCCCUGGUACACCAAGCAGCGGCGGUAGCCCUCCUAGCGCUCCUUCCCUUCCAAAGCUCCCUCCACUCCCCUCACUACCCCCAUUUCCUAGCCCCGGUGCACCAAGCAGUGGUGGGAGUAGUCCACCACCAGCGAAUGAUGGGUUAGCGGCUUGCUUGGGAGAUCUUCAAAACUUGUUUAAGAAUCAUCAGAUUUCCUUAAGUCCGGAUUGUUGCUCAGCCCUUGAGAAAAUCCAGAAUCCUGUUAUUCAAGAUCUUAUCAAGGCAGUAUGCUCUAGUGGUAGUCCUCCACCUCCUUCUUAG